AUUCAUUCUGUAAGAAAUAUUGCAAUAAAAUGCCUCUUCAUCCUCUAACUGAAAUCAGCCAUCUCCUUCAAGAUGACACCCCAGCGACAAAGUUCAUGAAGCAGACUCUAGAGUCAGAUGAUUUAGUGGUUUUCACAGACAGCAAGUUCAGAGACACCUAUAAGAUGACAAAACACGCCAUGGAGAUCAUGGAGGUGAAGUGGAAGGCUGUGAUUUUGUAUGAUGAAGAAUACAAGGAUCUCAAGCCAGGCAUUGAGCAGCUACUUGAAAAGAUCACCAACAACGCAGUUCCUCCUCAUGUGUUCUACAAACAAAAAUAUUACGCGAGUGGCCGCAUAAUAUCCAGACUGUAUGCUCAUGGAGAAUUAGAGACUUUGUUAGGAUUGGAUGCGGUUCUGGUGCAUUAGUUUUCAAACGA